CCUUUUGUUAAUGUCAUAUCAUAUUCCGUCCGUGCGUAGAUUUCAACUGUCUACAAUACCUUUUAAAUUCCAAGGAGAACAACGCUCGUUAAAGUCUAACUACGAUGCUCGAGAAGAGGCUAACUCAUAGACAUCAUAAUCACCAUAGACGCGCUAUAUUUGACGGUAUACUCGGUGAUUCUAAAGAUAGUAGCAGUAGCAAGUCGGGUAGUAGCAGCACAGGCAGCAGCAGCACAGGUAGUGGUUCAAGCUCAACUAAAUCUGGCUCGUCUAGUACAGAAUCAAGCUCAAAGACUGAUUCCUCGUCUUCGAAAACGUCUUCUAGUUCAAGUUCAGAAACAUCAUCUAGCAGCUCAGAUAGUCCAUCACCAAGUUCAUCCCCUACAGACUCUUCACAAGCUCAAUCGACAACCACAGAUCCAGCCGGUUCAAAUAACGGUUCAAAUGAUGCACCUACACUUGGUACUGGACCUAUAGUUGGUAUAGCAGCAGGUGGUGUCGCGGCUAUUAUUAUACUCGCGAUUAUUAUCGGUUGCUGCGUCCGCAGGAAAUCUAAAAGAUCAAAGAAGCCAGUAGUUGAUCCAUUUAAUCGCCAUUCAUUCAAGCAUGAAGCUGAGCUUAUACCGGAUCCUAUAGAAGCUGAUUAUAGAAAUCCAUCACCAAGACCUAACAUGGCUGGUAUGGGUGCCGCUACUAAUAAUUACAUUCCUCCACCUUCUUUACCUGGCUUAGCGCACGUACCACGCGUAGAUACACCACCGAUGAUGCAGUCACGCUCUCCAUUUGAUCCAUAUGGUCAACAUCAUCAAUUACAACAUCCACAAUUGAUGAAUGUUGGUAUGGUUCCACCUUAUAAACCAAAUUCACCUAGUUACUUCCCAGCUUACAGUGACACUUUGAUUCCACCACAUCCACCAAAUCUCGAUAGAUCACCAUCAGUCCAAUCACAUUCAGCUGAUAUUUCAUCACCACCAAUGUAUACACCACCAGAUAAUCCUGAUUUCUUACCAAACCCAUACGAAAAUAAAGGCGCACCAUCAGGAAAGGGUAAUGAUACCACAACUGCUACAUAUAGACCUACUAGUCUUAGACCUGGAAUGCAACUACCACAGGGCGGGAACUCACGUGGGGCUGCACCUUCACAUAACCUCAAUGAUGCUUACUCUGGCAUUUAAUAACUACCUUGGAAGUGAAUAAAGUGUAAUGAACUGGUUUUACCACUUUUUUCGCGCAACAUUUUCUCCACAUAUCAAAUAACGAUUAACGAACAAUCUAUUUACAUUCUUUGAACCUUCUUACUUUU